UAUCAAAAAUAUUUUUUUAACAAGGCAAUCUAAUUGAUAGCCAUUUUGAAGAGCCUUUUGUUGGUGUUUUGUGAAUGUUUUCAUGUAAAUUUUGUAUUAUUUCAAUCAAAUGAUAGUGAUUUCAAUACACAAGGCGUAUUAUUAAUGUGAAAUAGGAAUUAAAUGCACUUUUCGGGACAGUGUUGUUUGUUUAGUGAAGGCGCAUUGUAAGAAAAAAAAACCGGAAAGAAGUCUGCCGUAUUUUAGUUGUGUAAAAAAAAUCUGUUACAAUAAAUGGAUCAGUUGUGAAAGUGAUAAGACAAAGUUCAAACAUUUUAACAGUUCAGUGGAAUUAAGACGUGAUCUUAAUUGUUAACAAUUUACUAGCGUGUUUUUGUUCUACGUAAAAUUUAGAUCGCCACAAGAUGGCGGCCGUUGUAUGCCCGCUCCGCCAAAACCCGCUGCGAAGCGAUGUGUCAUCGGCGGCGGAACCCCGCGACAUGCUGUAAACCGGCGUCUCGCGUCGCGGCCGUCACCACCGGCCGCUUUCGGCGGGGUUCCAUUUCAUAAAAUGGAAUUUCGCUCGAGGCGCGAAAAUGCGAUGGGUGUUGACAUAAGUUCAAUACCGUACCGUUACUCAGGCGGCUGUACGUAAUAAACUGACAAAAAUGUGCGAACCGGACGACGUCGGCAAAGAUGUGUGGAAGCGAUGGAUCCUAGAAGCGAUACAUAAGAUACGGUCGCAGAAACAGAGGCCGAGCGUAGAGCGGAUAUGUCACGCCAUCAGGCAGCACCACAACUACCACGAGGAUGUGGUAUCGGAGCGCCUGGAGCGCGCCGUGCGCGAGGGCGUCGUGCUCAAGGUGUACAACAAGGGCCAGAGCUCGUACAAGGACCCCGGCGGGCUGCAGAACAAGACGUUGCGGCUGACGCCCGACUCGGAUGUGUCGCGCGCCGUCGCCAAGGCGGUGCGAGAGCUAGGCGAACGCGAUGGCUCCACGCUUAAGACUAUUGAAAGACAUUUGCACCAGGCGUACCAAGUGACGCUUGAUGGUGAAGUGGAUGUGCGGAAUGUGUUGCGCGCGGCGGCCAAACGCGCGGUGGCCAGGGGUUUGCUGACACACCAUGCCGGCGCCUACAAGGCCACCGACAGACCCCUCACCACCUCGGACCGACCCUCCAAACAGAAGAAGCAGUCAUCAGACUCACCAGAGAAGCAGGUACAGGGUGUGCCAGUAUGCACCGAGUGCCUGGGCACGGAUGCCAGAAACAGGCUUGGGGCAGUAGAGGCGCUGAUAUGCUGCUCCCAGUGCAAAUCUUAUGCGCAUCCUACAUGCCUCAAUCAGCUGGAUCAUCUGUCACAGACUACUAUCAAGGCGUCGCGCUGGUCGUGCGGCGAGUGCGCGUGGUGCGAGUCGCGCGGCGGGGGCGGCGGCGGGGGCGCGGCGUGCAGCGCGUGCGGCGCGGCGGGCGCGGGGUGGGCGGCGCGCUGCUCGGGCCGCUGCGGCGCGCACGUGCACCCCGCCUGCGCGCCGCUGCCCUGGCGCUGCGACUCCUGUCCGCACAACAACAGAACCUCCUCUGCUGGCACGCCGAAGGGCAGGAAACCGAAGACUCCGCGCCGCAUCGAUUCGGACGAGGAGCCAUCCGACGGUAAUGUCCCGCCACCGGCGCGCUUGCCUCCCGAGCGGCGGAUGUCUAAGGAGAAGCAGAAGUUUUUCCGUUUUUCUGCUUUUAAUCUAGUGAGGCGGCGACGUCGUGAGUCCUCUGCGGAGUGGGACGGGUGGGAGGGCGGCGGGCGGUGGGGAGGCGUGAGCGUGACUCGUGUCCAACGUGUAGAACUGCGGCUGGAGAGACGUGCACCCUCGCCCUCCGAGGUAGAAUCCUCGUCGUCGGCCUCGUCCUCUUCCUCGUCGGAGGCACGCGUAGACCCUCCCGCACCGACGCCCGCCCCUGCUCUCGCUUUCACUCCAGCGCACGUUUCCUCUGUGUUCGAGCGGCUCGCGACCGAUGCGGGUCCGGACGGUGCGUGGGGCUUCGCUGCCGAGGCGCGCAAGCAGCAAGUCGCACCCACACUUACACCGACAUUUGCACCGAAUCCCGUCAGUACUCAUCACUCCCCCGUCGCCGCCGUCACGUCACCCGCCUCCGCUCCGGCCCCCGUCCCCGUCCCCGGCUCGGAGCCGCGGCCGGCACCUGCGCGCCGACGCAGUCGCGGCGGGGAGCGCUCACUCACGACCUUGUUUGACGGCCUGUCUGAAUUCUACUCUGUGCGUUCCGCCUCCCGAUGUGCGGCACGAGCGCGCCCACCCGCGCCCCGACCUCCGCCCCCGCCGGAGCCCGAGCCAGAAGCAGAGGUGUUGAAGGAGACGCGCAGCACGUAUCGGCGUUAUCGCGCAGCACUGAGCGAGCGUAGCGGCAGUCCCAUGGCAGAGAGGCGCGGGGGCGCGGCGCAGACGGCACAGACCCCGUCGGGCGGCGGCGCAGGCCCGUCGGCGUCGCAGCUGGUGGCGUGGGCGGCGCGGUGGCGCGGGAGCGCGGGCGGUGCGCGCAAGCUGCGGCGCGCGCUGGCAGCGGGGCGGCGGCGGCCGGCCGGCGCCGAGGAGGGUAAGAGAUUACCGCCGGGUGUUACGGAGGCGGACGCGGAGGUGUUCAACCAGGCGCGCAGCACGGCGGGGGUGCUGGAGCCGGAGUCGCCUGCGCCGGCGCACCCCUCGCACCCGGCGCACCCCGCGCACCAGGGCCCGGCGCCGGUGCCGCCUCCUCGGUGUCCCUCCGCUAUCGAGUUUGGUCAGUGGGAAAUCGAGACGUGGUAUUCGAGUCCAUUCCCGCAAGAAUAUGCCAGACUACCCAAACUAUUCCUGUGCGAGUUUUGCCUUAAAUAUGCCAAGAGUCGAGCUGUGCUCAUGAGGCAUCUAGACAAGUGCCUAUGGCGGCAUCCGCCCGCCACCGAGAUAUACCGAUGCGGAGACAUAUCGGUGUUCGAAGUGGACGGCAACGCCAACAAAAUAUACUGUCAGAACUUGUGCCUACUCGCAAAAUUGUUCCUAGACCACAAGACUUUGUAUUACGACGUGGAACCGUUCUUGUUCUACGUACUUACCAAGAAUGACAGCAAGGGUUGUCAUCUGGUUGGAUAUUUUUCCAAGGAGAAGCAUUGUCAGCAGAAAUACAAUGUGUCGUGUAUAAUGACGAUGCCACAGUACCAGAGACAAGGCUACGGGAGGUUUCUCAUCCAUUUUAGUUAUUUACUAUCCAAAGAAGAGGGUCAACCGGGAACACCAGAAAAACCAUUAUCGGAUCUUGGGAGAGUGUCGUAUCAUGCAUAUUGGAAGUCUGUUAUAUUGGAAUAUUUGUAUGACCACAAAGAUAAACCUUUUACUUUUGAAGAUGUGGCUCAUAGCACUGGCAUGCAUAUGAACGACAUAGCAGUGACAUUCCAAUUGCUUGGUUUUGUAAGAUACAUCCCAAAUAAUGAGACAAUGAAGUUAGGACUGUGUAUAGAUUGGAAUAGGGUGGAUAAUCAUGUAAAGAAAGUACGAAGCAAACCCAGGUUAGAAAUAGAUCCUGAGUGUUUGAGAUGGACUCCACUAUUGGCGCCAACGAUCAAUCCAUUUAGAUCGCCUGAAGAGGCGUCGAUUGAUCAAGAGACUGAAAAUGAGGAUAUGAAGACAGAAAGCGAAGAUACGGCCACGGAACCGGAAAUGCCAACGCCAAAAGUAGAACCUAAAGCGAAGGCUAAGUCUGAAAAAGAAAUCUCAGAAACACCAGUUGAAGUCACUUCUUCUGGGAGACGGCGCACAAGACCUCUCAAAUAUAGUGAAACUACGUAUCAGACGACACCGACACUUAGUGACGUUAGUCGGAAGAGAAAGCGAGAGCCAAACCGAAAGAUUUCUGAAUGUGUUGAGGACAAGAAGGAAGAAGAACCUCCAACAAGGCAGAGGAGUAAAAGUGUUGCAAGAUCUAGAGUCUCACAGAGUGGAGAAAACAAUGUGCAGAGAAGUAGGAGACAAAGUAUUAAAGAACCUAAUUACGCUUCAGAUAGUCAAGAAAGCCAAGAAGAGCUUGACGCAAUUGUUUCAACUCCUGUUGUGAACUCAAUUAAGAAAGCAAAGAGAAAAUUCGCUUGGAAAGGGCGGCCGAGGAAGCGACAGAAAGUCAAUAAGAGUCCUAGAACUGCAUCACCAGUUGUCAAGAAAGUAAAGGUCAGUGAUAAUAAAGCAGAAGUUAACGAGUAUAAAACUGACGGCUCUACUGAACCAGAGGCUGUUGCUAACGCUGAAGAAGUUAAAAACUCUAAUAACCAAGUUGAGGAUAAAUCCGCGCCAAAGAAAAAUUCUGACGCUAGUUCUGAAGAUUCUUCGGGCGAGGCUGAUGAUGAAAUGGAUGUCGAGGAUAGGGAAGAAAGGCGAAGCAUUGCCAGUAAACCGGCAUCGCCGCGUAACGUCGAAGAGAAUAGUACGGACCACCAUACUAGUGACAUGGAGCUUGAUAGCAUACAUAUGGACUCUCCCAAGUCUUUGGCCGAAAAAGAUCAGGUUAUAAAAGAAACUGCUUCAGACAAACCUGAAAAAGAUACCAGUGAAGAUAAAAAGGAAGAGGAAUUAGCAACGGAGUCGGGGGUGGCUGUGGCGCAAGAUGAAACCGCAUGUGAACCUGAAGAAACGAAAAACAAUGAAACGCAAUCGCCAAAUAAAGCUCUCGACGAUAAGGAAACUAUCAUUAUAUCUGAGUCUGAUGACAACAACAGUCAGAGUUGUCCUUUACCGUCACCAAAACCGAAUUCUGUUGUGCCAGUGCAACAAACCAGUGAGAACAAGCCAAAGGAGGUUGAAGAAAAAGAGAGCCCAUCCAAAGUGAUGCCUGUGGUGUCCACAGAGAAUGCGCACAUAGUUUUGGAUCCUAAAGUACAGGACGAAGUUAAACCAACAAAACCUUCCACUGAUUUAAUCGUUCCGAAAAUAAAUCAAAUUGAAACUGCCGUUGUUGAAGCAGAAUCUGAGACUGCGAAAUCACCACAACUCAAUGUUUCGCCAAAGAAAGAUUCGGUCAUAAAUGAGUCUCCUAAACAGAAGAAAUCACCGGAGAAAAUAGAUGAGACAGCUUGCGAGAAAAAGGGCGAGACUAGAAAGGAAACUGUCAUACAGCAGAAUAACGAGGAUAAUAAAUCCGUGGAAAAGAAGUCACCCAACAAAAUCGAAUCAAUUAUACAAAAUUUAGAUCCUCAAAGAGAUAGUAACAAUACAAACACUUUGAGCACCAUGAAGAAACCAGACCCUCCAAAGAUAGACUCUUUUACAGAAAUAGAUAGAAGCAAACUUGUAAAUCCAAUUACUAGUAAGGAAAGUGACGUUCCGUUUCGGAGCGACAUAAUGAGUACGAGGAAAGAUGAAAUUAUUAUAACUAGAAACGUUAUGGAUCCGUCUAUGCAGACUUACCAACAACCUAUAGUCAGCAACUCUAUGACGAUACAACAAAUUAAUACGGCGCAACAUUCGUACCUCAAUCACAGAGCGAAUGUGAGCAAAGAAUCGCAGGCGGUACAGACGGAUAAAGUUGUUAAAACUAGCGAACCAAAUCGUAUUAUAAAUAACAUAGCCGAGACUCCUAUAGUAAGCAAAGCUGCUACCAAGCUUGAAGUGCCGCAUCCCAUAUCGUCACCUAUAAUAAACCCAGUUAUACCAAAAGUGCCGAAUGUUGCCGAUAUAAAUUUUUUACCCCGAUGUCAGAGCGCUAAUGCGGCUGUUAAUCUGGGACUAGAGAGGACGGAUCUAGAUACGAGCUUUGCUAAUAAUAUCCAGGCUAAUUUGGGCGGCUCCAUCAACAUAGUUCAAACUAAUUCUCAAGACAAGAAUGAGCUCAACCAAAAGCCGAGAGAGAAAAGUAAAUUGCGUGACGUCAGAGUGAAUUCAGCUCACAGUAAACUGGAAAAAACUGACAAGAAAAAUAAGAACGACACGCCUAGAAGUACGCCCGAACCGAAGAUGUUUUUUCCUGAACAAAACACAGCCGCGAGAAAGCCAGAGACGUCAGUCCCUAUAAACGUGAUAAACUCUGUGCCAGUCACCAGCAAAGUGGAGAGUAAAACGAUCAACGAAGCUCCCAAGAAACAAGAUUUUUUUAAGAAAGAAAAAUCCAACGGCUCCAAAUGCGAAAACAAGAACACGUCUGUGAAACAUGACAAAAGCUGUACGGCACAACUGAAUUUGAAGUCUGACCAAUCUGACUUAAAUAAAAUGCUUCCUAAGUUUAAAUAUGACAACGAAUUAGUUCCCAAAGCUGAUUACGCAAUGAAUCAAAUACCUAACUAUCACACGACGCACGGUCAGUACCAGUGGCCCCCUUGGGACCCGGCGAGAUUGCAAGGUUCGUGGGAGCAUAAAAACUAUUUAGACAAGUUGCAAGGAUUUAAUUUGUCACAUUUAGACCAAAUGCCGAAAUCGCCACAGAAGCUACAUGCCAAAUAUGAUCAAAAAGAUUAUCACAAUAUUGCUUACGGUCUCAGCAGUAGUAUAUACGCGACGACAGGCCUUCCUCACUUCAAAGAAACGAAAACAGUGACGUCGAAAGCGUCGGAAUGUUCUCAGAAAAACGAGUGCAAGCCGUCCAAGCAGUCUAAAACGACGACAGCAUGCCAGACCCAGUGUGAGCCGAAAAAAUCCCAGUCGCACGCGAAUGAGGCUCAGAUAAAACAGAUGAUGCAACGGCAAGUGAACAAGCAGCAGGAGGUAGUGACGAGCUGUGCGGAAUACAGACAGAGUCCGCAGGUGACGUCGCCGACUUGCAAGACACCGUUCAACCAAAACGGGCCGUGUCAGGAGAAGACUGAGAUAGAGAAGAAGUCCCGACAGCAUUCGAAGAAGGAGGAAUCUCCAAAAGAGACUAGUAAGGAGGAGAUGUGUGAAGCUGUGAGUCCCGCGCUGCAGUCGAUGGGUGUGUACACGCCGGACUCGACGAGCAACUCGGUUCAUUCGGUGCAGUACCCCGCGUGCGAGCUGGAUGUGAGUCAGUUGGGGCUAGAGUCGCCCACCAGCAUCGGCUCAGACUUGGCGUCCCCAUGCUCCAUGAUGCACAUGCACCCCGCGCCGAGUCCUCAAUAUCCACACUCCUCGAUACACAUCCCGUCCAUUAUGAGUCAACCCAAUCAGCCUACUAAGCAACAGAAGAUUAACAGGAAUAGGAACAGUUCGGGCGCGGGGUCUGGCGCGGGCUCCGCGUCGGGCGGCGGCGGCGCGGACAGCAAGCAGGCGGCGCUGCGCGGCGCUGCCACCCCGCCCGCGCCGCCCGCCCGACACCGCGCCACGCCGCCCGCACACCACGCGCACGGCGGUUCGUCGAUGCAGGCAGGGUCGGGCGGUGGCGUUGGCGGCGUCGGCGCGGGCGGGUACCAGGGCGGCUACCUGUCGUUCCAGCAGCAGCAACAGUACCACGCGGGCGGCUGGGCGCCCUCCUGCUCGCUCGCCAAGCUGCAGCAGAUGGCAGACGCGCCGCAACACCACCCGCCACAUCAGAUGGUAGUUGGCGCUGGCGCGGCGGCAGUGAGUGUGCUUGAUGAUGUUUGGUCACAUUCGCAGUACGCGCAGCAGGCCAGCACGCCCCCCAGCGGCGGCGCGGCGGCGGGCGUGGGCGGCGUCGGCGCGGUGGGCGGCGUCGGCGGCGUCAGUGGCCACUACCACGCCGCCGCCGCCAAGUACUACGCGCCCGUGCACAACCAGCUCGACUCGCCCAGGAACGCACGGAAUGCUUCCAGUAACCUGGGUCCAAUGCAGCACAUGCAGAUGGCCGGAGGCUCGCGCAUGUCCCCCAACUUGAACACGCACAUCAUCAGCCAGUAUGGGUUGAACGGGUACCGCGUGCCGCCGCAGCAGCAGUUCAACAACUUGCAGAUGAUGAACGUGCAGCCCGGGGUUCAGUACCCAGGCGCGGACCCGCGCGCGCAGCAGUCCAACGUGUACGCGUACGGGUACAUCAACCCGCCGCCGCCGCCCCUCGCCAUGCAGCCGCUCAACUCCACCAUGCGCCGGUAGCCGAGACCCAAGCCCGCGUGCCGCAAAUCGUACAGUGAUGUGACAGUGUGACUCCUGUGUGCAUGACACUUAUGAACAGAAACACCACUCGAGUUGCCUUAUUUCACCGGCGAACAUUAACGUACCGUUUCCGUUGUAGUCGGCAGCUUUAUUAUCUGUAAUAUAUGUAUGUAAUGUGUAUUUCUCGUUGAGGAGACGCAGCACCCGGUAAGCUGGUUAAAAAGUACAAAAUUUUUCAGAUAAAGAAAUGUAUUUAAAUCUUAUUGUAAUUAUGAUAUGUCACGGAAAAUAGCAUAAUUUGUAUACAUAAUAGUGCAAUAAUUGUGUAUGAACUGCCAGAGGCGCGGCGGUCGGCGCAGGCCGUCGCGCGAGCCACUCCGGUACUGUGAUAAUCUGACGAUUUGACAGUCGACUUGCGUGUGCUUAUCGCAGAGUAAUAAUAUGUUUCCAAAGAGAUAGUUAAGUCUUUGGGUAAUGUCGAUGUAAGUGCAAUGUUUGGACAGUGGAUUGUACUUUGGAUGUAAAGAAUCUUUUGGAACUCGUGUAUGUAUAUCCUGUUUACGUUUUUGAUGUUUUGUAUUCGCGCGCGGUGUACAUUGACGCUUGUACAGUGGACAAAUAAUUUUACUCUAGGACCAUAGUUUGUCUUGAAUCUGUUCUCAAGUGCCUCUCUCGUCCCGUCUGCUUAUUUCCGUGUAAGAUAUUGUAAAUGCAACGCUUUGAAUUAACACAAGGCUGUAUACAUAAGCUAGAUAAUGUUAGUUUUGUACAUUAUUACUUGUGACGCGUUGGAUGGCGUGCCGCAGUGCGGGCAGUGGCCACUGCGCGGUGUACGUAAGUGGGCCUAAAGGACGGUUAUUUUUAUAUUUUGUAUUCUUUUUAUUCUGAUAGGUUUUUGAAUGUUUUAUUAUUAAUUCCUUUUGUUUUUACGCUUCGCUUAAGGAUUAUUUUUCGUGUUAUUCGAGUAAUUUAUUGCCAAAUGUUAUUAACACAUUAUUUUUAUGGUUACGUUAAGUGUUAGGUUCUCGUUUAGUUGUGUCUCGCACGUAUGUGUAGUGUAGUGCGGUGGUCGGUCGGCGACGGACCGAUGAGCCCGCUCCGUGCCGCGACCCGCUGUAAAUUAUUUGUAAGAUCUGCCCCCUCUAAGGUUAUGAAUGUUAUUUGUUACUAAUGUGUAGUAUAUAAAAUAUUGUAAAUACAAUAACAAUAAGAAACAUGUAGCAGGUGUUAUCACACAAAAUAUAAUUUUGUGAAAAA